AUGUCUUCGCUUGCAGGCAAAGUCAUAUCCCUAACUGGCGCCGCUUCCGGAAUUGGCCUUGCUACCGCCAAGGUGCUUUACGCCCGGGGUGCGAGUCUCUCUUUGUGCGACCUUCGCGAGGAUGCUCUGGCGAAAGCAAGCUCCGCCAUUUCCACUUCUGCAUCCGAGCGGCUCGUCACCACAGCCGUUGAUAUACGCUCCAGUGACCAAGUGGAUGCAUGGGUCGCAAAGACAGUCAAACAUUUCGGCCACCUCGACGGCGCGGCUAAUGUGGCUGGUGUAAUCGGGAAGCAUUAUGGAGUUCAUGACAUCACCGAGCUCUCCAAUGAGGAAUGGGACUUCAUUCACGGCACCAACCUGACUGGUCUCUUCUACUGUGUGCGCGCCCAACUAAAGGCUAUGCGAGAUGGGGGAAGCGUUGUUAACACAGCGAGUGUGACCGGUCUCGAGGGCCAUGCAAAGAAUGGGGCAUACUCAGCCAGCAAGCACGGCGUCAUUGGACUGACCAAAAGUGCGGCAAAAGAGGUUGGCAGCAGACGCAUCCGGGUCAACGCCAUCGCGCCCGGCAUCAUUAAUACUCCCAUGAUUCAUUCAUUUGGCGCCGUCGAAUCCGGGAAGCUUGACGUAUUUGCUCGGGUACCCAUUCCAAGGGUAUGCGAGCCUGAGGAAGUUGGAAAUCUAUUCGCUUUCCUGUUGAGCGAUGACUCUAAAUACAUAACCGCAUCGACGUACCGAGUCGACGGUGGUAUGUGCGGUUGAGGAUAUAUCAGUAGAACUCAAAAUCUGCUGUCACGUUAGGAUUUGUAACACGUCAUAGCAUUGCAAAGGGUUCAAACGUCACUGUCAGACGUGACUUCUGAGUUGACAGUGACC